AUGCUUUUGGAAGCACUCUUAUGCUUUUUCUCUCUGGCCGUGCAGGUAUCUCUCCAGAAGGAAAGUGCCUGCAUCUUUAUUCUGUGCAGAAACUCCGAUAUAGAUGCCAUCAAAGAGACAGUUUCUGUUUUUGAGCAAAGAUUCAACAGGAAGUUCGGGUAUCCCUACGUGGUUGUUAAUGAUGUUGAGUUUACGGAUGAUUUUAAGCGGGAAUUUUCUGCCCUUACGAAGGCAUCCGUUGAGUUUGGGAGGGUUCCGGAGGAGCACUGGUCGACUCCCAAGUGGAUAGAUAAGGGUCGAGCGAAAGAGUCGAUGCGCCGUCUCGAGAGUGCUCAAGUGAUAUACGGGGGAAGCGAGUCCUACAGGCACAUGUGCAGGUACUUCUCCGGAUUCUUCUUCCAGCACCCUCUCACGCUUAAAUACCGUUAUUACUGGAGAAUUGAACCUGAAACGAGACUUCACUGCGACAUAGAGUACGAUGUUUUCGAGUAUAUGCGGGUGAAUAGGAAGAAGUACGGGUUUACAAUCACUCUGCACGAAUACCCGCAAACUGUAACGAGUCUUUGGAGUACUAUACAGAAGUUCGUCUCUUCCUACAACACCUUCUUCAAGGAGGGCGAGUACUGGACUCUUCUUGAGCCGUUGAAUUUGCACCGGUUUAUAACGGACGAAAUGCAUACGCGGUAUAAUAUGUGCCACUUUUGGUCGAACUUUGAAGUUGGAGACUUUUCUUUUUUCCGGGGGAAGAAGUACCGGAUGCUUUUCGAGUACUUGGACAAGUCUGGAGGGUUUUUCUACGAGAGAUGGGGAGAUGCUCCGAUUCAUUCGAUAGCUGCUGCCCUGUUCCUGCGUGCGGAUGAGAUCCACUACUUUGAGGAUAUCGGGUAUACGCAUCCUCCAUUCACGCACUGUCCGAAGCCUUCCCUUCAGAAGACGCACUGCAAUUGCACUCCCUCGACCUCUGUCGAUCUAUCGAUGCCUCUCUGCAUAAACCUCUUCAGGAAGACUGUGAAGAUGUUGGAAAAAAGUGUACAUUCUCGAAAAUAA